AUGGCCCUAGACCCCCACCUCCUCCCUGGGGCCCUGGCUUUCUUAGACAAGACCCCGGACAGAGCGUCGGGGGCAGGACCGGCCCAGCGGCCAGGAGCCCGCCCCAGCCCAGCUCAGAGGGACCUGGUACAGGACCGCUGCCUGGCGGGAGGCGGGGUUUCAGGGAGUCUGUGGGGCAAGGCCCCGGGCAGCACAGUCCCAGCCCACCUGCCUCCUGCUGGCUGCGUCACCCCCUGGCUCCGAACCAGUCUGGAUACAGGGCCGCUGGGCCAGCCCAGGACGCCCCCGGGGCGGCGGGAGUGGUGGAGGAGGGGACCCCUGGGGCUGCGCUCAGCCCCCAAGGCGCCGAGCGACCGAGGCCCCUGCGGUCCACACCGCAGACGGGACCUGCUUCUGUGGGAGGCUGCGCCCUCUCGUGGCGGCAGCAGGAAGACGCAACCGCUACAGACAAAGGGUGACCAUCCUGCUUGGGGCCCCGGACGCUCCGCACAGCAGCACCCACCGGAGGGCGGCACCUGGCCCCACCUGGGGGGGGGCGUGGACAGGCACGAUCCUGCUCCUGAGGGCUCCCAAAUGGAGUCCCGAAAGGGAGGGGACCCCACAGCUCCAGGCGACGGCCCCCCCCUGCACGUCCAGCCCCCGCAAACCUGCCCUUCCGCCCAGUGGGGCCCCAACGCCCUGCUCCCAGAUCCUCCAGCAGGAAGCCAGGACCUCCUCGCCUCACACGGGGCUCCCAGUCCAGCCCUCCAAGGGCACACGGCCGGUCCUCCAGCUGGACUGGGAGCUCCCCGCGUGGUGGUGGGACUGACCGGGGCCAGUUCCCGCCAGCAUCGUCCCCUCCACAGCCCCCAGGAGCUCCCCCAGGCCUAA